UAAUUAUCUAAAUGAUUAACUAAAUUUAUCAACUUUCCAAAUUGUUUAAAAUCUCAAACCUAAACCCAACAUUAAAACCCAAACCCAAUAUUAACCCAAAUAUUUUCCAGUGGCAAAUUUCAUUGUCUCGUGUGCUCCGUCAAAAGCAAAUCCCAACUCCACCAUCUUCUUCCUGCUCCGAUUGAAUCUUCUUCUUCUUCUUCUUCUUCUUCUUCCUAUAUCGAUUGAUUCUACUUCUUCUUCUCAAAUCAAAAAAACCCUAAAACAGUCCUCUUUCUCCGAUGGGUCGAACCCCUCCACAUCUCCACAGCUACCGCAGUAGUAUAAUUUCACUCCGGCUCCGGACCUCUCCCCGCCAUGGCGUCCCCCUCUCACCCAAACUCAACUCCACGUCUGGCUUCUCGACGACAACUCCACGCGUCCACCACAGAACCCUUAACCUCAAAUGCCAAGCUCUUUGAAUCCUCAAGGUUUGGUUGUGAUAAGGGUGUUUCUUCCCAAGCCUGGCGUUGCAGUGGUCUUGUGUUGGUUUGUCUCCUGCGGCGGUUUUCUGAGCCGGGGGAGAUCUUUGCUUUGGUUCCCGGCGGCGGCGAAGGCAUUUUGUGGCUGUUGUUAGGGUUGCAGUCGGUUAGGUUUAGUUUAGGCGAUCGGUUAGCUAUUAGGGUUAGCCGUCGGUUUCAUUGGUUAGGUUUGGGGUACAUUGAAUCCUAGCCUUCCAGGCCCAUUAAGGGUUUUUGUUGGACUGCCCAAAGAAUUAUUAAUAUUAAAAAAGGAUUUAAAUUUUUUUUUAUUAAUUAAUUUUUAAAACAGUCGUCGUAAUAUAAAUAUAAAUUUACUAUUUUAAUGGUUCAAUUAGCC